AUGAAAUCAGUAAUCCUGAUCAAUUGGUAUGUUGUACUUCUCUCAUUUAGUUCCAAUGGGGAUAAAGUCGAACAGUCUAUCAAAGAUACACUUCAUGAGCAUUUACAGAGUUCGAUCUGGUCUUGGAAAUUGAUUAAAUCACGACUUAAGACUGUGUAUCCUGUUGCCUUUAAAGUGGAUGUUGUCUCUACAUAUAAUGUGACAAAAUCACUUCAGAGCAAAAUCAAAGAUGGCAAGUACAAAGAGUGUGCAGCAAUACUGAAGAAAAAUCCUAGUCAGAAAGGAAAAGACGGUGUGUAUACAAUUUAUCCAGAUGGAAAACAAAAGAAAAAAGUGUAUUGUGAUAUGACAACAGAAGGAGGGGGAUGGACGAUAUUUCAAAAAAGAGUGGACGGAACUACAAAUUUCUAUAGGACUUGGAAUGAAUACAAAGCUGGCUUUGGAGAUCCAGUAAAAAACUUUUGGAUGGGAAACGAUGCUUUACACUUACUCACAAAGAAAGGAAAACAUGAACUCCGUGUGGAUCUCCAAAGAUUUAAUGGUCAGAAAGGGUUCGCUAAGUAUUCUAGUUUUGCUGUCGGAGACGAAAGAAGUAAAUACAAGCUAAGUCUGUCCGGAUACAGUGGCUCGAUAAGAGACAGCCUUUAUUUCCACAAUAGAAUGAAAUUUACCACAAAGGAUCAAGACAAUGACACUAAAAAGGGCUACAACUGUGCAGUACCAUUGGAAAGUGGGUGGUGGUUUAAAGAUUGUGCUAUGACAAACCUGAAUGGCCACUAUGUUAAGGCUCCAUUAAGAAAAACUGAAUGCAUCACUUGGAAUAACUGGAUUAGUGGAGAAGCACUAAAAAGAACAGCGAUGAUGACGAGACCAUCAAAAUAG